CGUUAUUUUGUGUUUUGUUUUAUUGGUAGGAUAAAAUAGUUUUUUAUUGUAAUAGGACGCCAUUUUGUAUUGUCGUGUCAUCAAUACAGUUAUGGUAGUUAAGAUUAUUAAAGAGGUGUUACCGCCGGCCGGUGAGGUGCUUAAGAAAGGGCGUCGUAGGAGGCGUAGGGCCGGGAGUAGGGCGUCUAGGCGUCGCACGCGCCUGUCCUCGAGCACAGCCUCUGCUGUAGCCUCUAUUGUCCCGGAGAAGGGCUCCCAAGCCUCGUGCGCUGUCCACGCGUUUCUCCUCAAAUAUCAGAGUGCUAUAAGAAUGAUUCCUGCUCAACUGCCCCCGAAAGUACACGCUGGUCCGCCAAGUAAGAGAGUGAAGCGGGUGUCGUGGCGUGAGGACAACGGCGUGUCUACGGGCGGCGGCGGCGUGGGAGGCGGCGGCGGCGGCGGCGACCCCGCCGUGCUGGCGGUGGGGCCCGCGCGCAAGCCGCUGCAGUACACGCGCGAGCAGCUCGUGCGUCUGCGGAACUCGCCGCUCGUGAAGCGCAACCUCGAGAACGCGUUCGCUGGCUGUGAGGCGUUGGCGCUGGUACUGAAGAGACGCUCUGAUUCGCCGAACGAGGAAGACCGAGGUGCGAGAGGCGACGCGCCCAAUGAGAACCAUAAGGGCGUGUACGGUCGCGACCGCGAUCGCGAGCGUCGCUCGGCGGACCCGCGCGAGCGCGUGCGCAAGGAGAGCGAGCCGAGCGGCGGCGGCAUCGUGCUGUCCCCGCAGCGGCGCUCGUUCACGUCGGGCUGCGGGGCGCCGGCCGCCGCGCCGCCCGCCGCCGCCGCGCCGCACCUGCCGCGCGCGCGCCCCGACUCGCCGCCCGCCGCCGCGCCCGUGCCCGCCAAGACCACCGACCAAGGCGGGCGCCGCAUCGGUUCCGGGCGCAUCAUGGUGCGCGACGUGCCGGCGGGCGCGUGGGAGGAGGGCGAGUACCGCGGGGCCGAGCCCUACCGCCCGCCGCGCGAGCGGGAGCGCGAGCGCGAGCGGGACAGGGAGCACAGCCGGCCCAACAACGACAGGUUCGAGCGACGCUCAUUUGGUAGAGACUCCUACUCCUCUGAUAUUAAGAGGGAACGGGACGAUCGAUUCAUCAAUGAGAAGAUGCGAGACAGAGAGGACAACCGGAGGUCUGGUGGUCGCUACUCUAACCGACGACACGAGAAAGAAGACGAACCCGAAUGGUUUAGCGGAGGGCCCACAUCUCAGCUGGAGACGAUUGAACUGCGCGGUUUCGACGACCCACCCAAGAAGAAUGGCACUGCGAACAAUAAAGAGACUGAGAAGUGGAACAACAGCGGCGGGUCGCGGUCCCCGGCGCCGGAGCGGUGGCGGGAGACCUCGUCACCCAUCGCGCAGCCCAACAACGACUCGGCUAACACCAGCAAUGAUAAGGACUCGGGCGUGGAGUCCAAGAGCGAAGAGCCGGCGCCGAACAACGACCAGCCGGAGUUCAACCUCGACGAGUUCCUCAAGUUCGACUCUAUACCUGACGUGCUCACUAACGGCGGUGGCGAGUCGGAGGGCGGCAGCCGGUUCAGUCGAUGGUUCCGUCGCGAGAGCCCCACCAACGAUGCCAAGCAUUACGAGCGGCUGCUGCAUAAUAUGGUGGACGAGGUGAACCACGUGGGCGGCAAGGUUCACAGUCUGGAAGAGCUAGAAGCGCGGCUGCGGCCACAGCACACGCAGCAGCAGCAGCAGCAGCAUCACAAUGUACCUGAUCACGAUCUCACUGCCUUCAAACGACUCCUGGCGCAGGUGUCGGGCGGCCACGCGGUGGCGGCGGCCCCCGAGCCGGCCCCGCGCGCGCCCAUGCCGCAGCCCAUGAGUCUGCUGCAGAUGUUAAAUAAGAGUAUGGAGCAGCAACAAAAACAGCAGCAGCAACAACAGCAGCAGCAGCAACAACAGCAACAGCAGCAACAACAGCAACAACAACAGCCGCACAUACCGCAGGAGCUCCUAUACAAGCUCUUGCAAGUGCAGCAACACCAGCAGCAGCAACAGCAACAGCAAGCGGCCGCGGGCGGCGGCGAGAUGGGGGGGCUGGGGCCCGCCGACAGAGAGCUGCUACAGCGGCCUGAGGCACAGGCCAUCGUUCGCGGCUUGAAGACUGGCGAGAUAACGGCGCAGCACCUGAUGCAGCAGCUCAGCAACCCCGGCCUGCAGAGCCGACACCGGGAGGUCCUGCUCACCAUACUGCGGCUGCACCAACACCAGAGACAGAUGGGCGAGUCCCCGCUGCCAGGCGCAGGUCACCUGGUGGUCCCCCCUCACCACCAGCCGCUGCGCCUGUCGCCGCUGCCGCACCAAGGCGUGCCGGGCCGCAUCCCCUCUCCGCGCGAGUUAGCCGCGCACACGCAGUCCAUCAUGCAGAACGCGCUCAUCAAGAAGAAGCUGGAGGAGCAGCGCGAGAACUACCGCCGCCGCCAGGAAAUGCAGCAGCCCAAGCAGGCCACGCCGAUAUCCUUCACGCCCACCUCGGUAUUACGUAAGAUGACCGCAGAGAAAGAGUCUGAUGCACCCAGUCCAAAGCAGCAGCAGUGGUCGCAGCCACCCAAGAUCCCGCAGGGCAGGCCUAUAGUCAAGGGUAACCAAAGCGGCACUGCGCCAACAAUCGGCUAUGCUUCACCCAAUGAUUACCAGCAGCAUUAUAUGAAUCAACAGCAGCAAAUGCUCGGCGGAGUUCGUCCCUUCCCACACGCCCAACAGAGGCAACAAGUACCAAAUUCAUAUAACAACAUGAACAACAUGGCUCGCGGCAUGGCCGGCGGCACCUCUCUACACAAGCUGCUCAUCCAGUCCCACCAGAGGAGUCUUAACGAGCUGGGCGCGGCGGGCGGCACGGGCGGCGGCGACAACCAGCUGGCGCGCUGGUUCUCGCCCGAGCUGCUGGCGCGCGCGUCGGCCGGCAAGCUGCCCUCCGUGCACGUGCCCAACGCGCUCAGCCUGGAGGACCUGGAGCGCCACCACCAGCCCUCCGCGCCCGUGCACAACUAGCCGCCCUCGCCGCCCUCGCCGCCCUUUCCGCCGGCGCCGCUCCUCAUAUAGCAAUAACAUGAAUUUGUCAAACUCCAUUUAGUAUAUAGUAUUAAAUCUACUACCUUUGUAUAAAAACCGUGGUAAAACCGUGUAAGAGAGUAAAAUAGACUCGAUUUUAUGCGCAAAAAUAGCGUAAAUUAAUGACGUAAACGCGUAAAACAUUGCAAUGUAUUGUUAUUAAAAUUAUUUAUAUUUUUGUGCAAAUGUCCAUAAAUUUGAGGUUUGUAGGUCUGAAAAUUGAUUCUGGUCGGUAACGAUUUGUCAAAAUUCCCUAUAUAGUUGGGACAGUGAAACCAUGAUAAUAAUAUUGUAACUUACCUUAAAUGUAUUGAUGAGUGGGAUUACAUACGAGAGGCAAUUUAUAGAUAGACACUAAGAAUUCGCGUACCUACAGUUAAUAAUCUCAAGACAUCGAAAUGCAUUGAUAACUUACAAGCACGGACGAUAUAUGAAAAUGUAGAAAAUAGUAAGUUAAUGUAUAUCGUAAGACCCGAUUUUGCCUGUUCAAUACUUUGUUGAAAUUGAUUAAAACGUCCGCGACUUGUAUUUUAAUCGUUAUGUUCUAGAAAUCUCAAAUGAAUAUACUGUUUCAAAAACAAGCAUAAGAUAUCAAUAUUCCCUUGAUGAAGAUUAUAUUUAUAAAGCAAGGUGAUUCAGUCGACGGCGGGUAACAAUUUUGAUGUAUUCAUUUGUGUAGCGAGUUUUGACCGAUAGUCAUUAUUUUGGCCCGCUGCCGGCUCCCCUGUCUGACUUCCAGUUGACUUCAUACGUUGGAGUCGCCACUCCUUCCAUGGCGAUCAUGGACGCGAGCGCUGAACGCAAGAAACAUUAUGGCCAAAUUGGAAAGUAACCUCAUUUGAUCUGGUUUUCUUGUUUUCGGUGCUAGGUUAGGUCACUUGAGAUGUAAGCGAGUGAGAUCGGAUGAAUGUGUGAGUGCGUGUCUAUACGUAUGUCUACGGUUGUGUUUGUAAGCAUUUUUGUUACUACGUCGUUUAUGUGAGGAGAAGGAUUUUUGUUGAUAAAAUAAUAAUAGAAGUAUUGUCAUUCCCCGCGUCUGUACUCAGCUAGACCGAGGGACGGACAUAGGUAGGGCGACCGUUUUAGUUCCGAAUCGCGAUUUCAUUUUGUAAUACGAUUUUGGAAUUUGGCACAAGUGUAAAAACAAAAAAGAACUACAUUUGUGUUUAAAAUUCCCCGAAUAUAUUUUUUUAUGAAUUUUACGAUUCGCGUGCGAUUUUAGCGAUUCUUUUUUCAUCAUUGAGACCUGAGCUAGAUGCAUGUCAAUUAUAAUUUCAGAUAGCCGCGCGAUACGAGCGUACACAACGGUAUUAACGGUCAAUAACGAUCCCGACCUGUGUACGUCUGCGUACGCCCUUACGACAAAUGUAGAGUAUUACCGUCCAGAAAGCGUAUGUCAAUCUCUUUGUUCGAAACUCAAGCAAUUAUACUUCGUACAUAACGCCUAUGCCUUUUAAUUCUAUAGUAUUAUAAACCCAUUGUUUUAGACCGGCGACGUGAGUGUUCAGAGUGGACAAAUUAAUUAAAGUAUAGAUGCAUGUUUAAAGUUACUAAUGUGAAAUGUUUAUUUAAUAUGGACUGGUAGUUUGGACGAGGGGCGUAUUUAAAUUGCUUACAAAUGUGUGUGUAGCUAAUCUUCCGAUGAUUUUUUGAUUUCUAGCUAACGUUACAAUAACCGAUCAUCUAAAAUUUUGAAAUGAAUAACCGGGUUUUCGGUUAUAGGUCUGCGUUUAUACAUGAGGCAAACGAUUGCUAAGCAGUCUGAAUACGUCCCUCGAUCAAAUAAUCAUCCCCUGUAUAGUUGUAGUAGUGCAGAUAUAGAACGGUCCAUCUGAACGUACAACAUGGUCGCAUAGCGCAGGUUUCAAAACAUUUUGAUGACAUUUUGAGACGGAUUUGAAGAUAUAAUACUCUAAUCAUGAAUUGAUAUGAUUUUUAUUUGUGAGAGGACGUGGUACCGUUAGUGGGGCAUUAGAUGCGACACUGGCGGUACCAAGGUACCAAGUUAGUGGUUUUAGUGGCGAAAUUUCAGUUAAACGGGAGCCGUGGCGACUUGCACGGUAGCACGCUGCGGUGCCGUCGCUUACUUAUAACAACAAAAUAAGUAAGCUUUAAUUUAUUGAAUAAAGAAAAAAUUUAAAGUUCA